GACGUUUUCUCUUCUUCUCCGACACAUCUACUCCGGCACACGACGUCCUUGUCGGCGGUGGUUUUAUCGUUUUUUUUUUUUUUUAUGUAUUUACUAUUGGUUACAACUAAUUGUAUUUGAAGGAAAAAAAAACAAUAAAGAAAAUAAUACAUUAUUAUCAUUAGUUCGAUCACCUACGGCAGAAUUACAUUUCCGUAUCAAUAUAAGUCGUUCACACUUUGGUUCACUAGUAUGCGCCACUCUAUUGUUUGUUACUACAUCAUUGGGCCAUAGGUCGACGUACAGACAACAACCACUGAGAGAUUGUUUAAAUACACAAUCGCACGCCACAAGAGUUAACGAGUAAAAACUGUUUACAGAGACGACAAAAAGUAAGUUGUUGUUUUAAUAAAUUCGUUCAAAAUGGUACCUAGUGUACUUACUUAAUGCAAACCCAAACAAAAUAGGUAUCUACCUCGAUAGCUUCUAUAAUGGGACAGAGGUCUAAGGUCACAUACAAUCUAAACAUAAAUAAUAAUAAUGGUUUUAUAUAUUUUUAAGCUUUAGUCUCAAUAACUGAUAGCGAAUAUAUUUUGUUGCACCAUUUAUAGUGAGGAUGAUGUCAUUGUUACCAUGAAUUACGUUUUUCCAGGUGUUGACUGUUUUUAUUGAUAUGAUGUUAUAAUGUUUUACAAACAACUAUACCAUUAGUGCAACGACGUACUUGGUCAAUUCACCCAGGUAUGUCACGUAAGCAAAAGUGGAGAUCAAAUUCUGAAGACGACCAAUUAGAUGACUCGCCCAUAUCCCUUACUAUUGAAACAUUGACUGGAACAGCUUUUGAAAUCACUGUUUCUCCAGCUGACUAUAUAAGUUCAUUAAAAUCACGGAUACAGCGUGUUGAAGGUUGGUUUCUAUUUUAAUUAAUUUAUAGUUUCAUAUUCAUGUAUUUAAUAUUAACAUUAUUUUUAAUAAAAUAUUUAUUUUUUAGGUAUACCUGUCAGCCAACAAUAUUUACUCUUAGGUGAAAAAAUCUUGUCUGACAAUACAACUAUAGCUAGUAAUAAUCUUCAGGAUGGUGCAACACUACGUUUGGUAUUGUCCCUACAAGGUGGACCUAUUGGCACAAGUCGUAGAAUGUUGCCCCUGGACAAUGAAACCAUUAGACAAUUGGUUAAUCUUAAUAAGUUAGUGUAAUUUCAUUCUAAUUAUUUGUGUCUAAAAUAAAUAUAAUAAUAUCUACUUAAUUUGAUUGUAAAGUUAUUCGUUCAUUGAUUAUGAUUUGUAUUUAAUAAAAUUCUAAAUUUUAUUAAAGUUAGUACAUUUUAAUUAUGCAGUAAUUUUGAUGCACUAAUUAACUCUUAUUAAUACUGAGGUACUAACUUUCAAAUAUAUAGUUAAAAAAAAAAAAAAUGUCUAUGUUGUAUAUAAAUAUUGUUGUUAAUUUUACAGAAAAGAAAUAUUUGAGGAUGCUCCUCCAGGCCAUAAAUUUGCAGUCUUGAUAUUUCGCGAAGGCGAAGUAAUCAACGUACUCAGAGUUAUUGAAAAUAGUGAUGGUUCUACAACAAAUUUAAAGGACACCCCAAAGUAUGUGGAUUUAUAUAAUAAUUUAUUAAUAAUAUAAAUUUUAAAAAUAAAUACUUUGUCUAGAAAAAUUAUUUCUACAAUAGAACUUCCAGAAAAGAAAAAAUCUAAACAAACUGUUGAAAAUAAUGUGACAUAUCGUAAGAUGAUGCAGUUGAAACAUAAAUUAGAAACUCUUUCUAUUUCAUCAAAAUCUAAAGUAAAUAAUUAUUAUAAUUAAUUGUAUAACUAAUUCAUUUUUUCAAUGAUAUUUGCUUUUAACUUUAUAAGUUUGAAUUAAUUUUAUUAAAAUUGUUUUAUAAGCAUAAUAAUUCAAAUUCUCAAAUGUAGGUUUAGCCAUUUAAAUUUUCUAAUGCCAAUCUACAAAAACAGUUUAAAUGCUAGUGUAGAAUAUUUAUUGAAACCAGUGUUUUAUCAUUUCUUUCAAAAUAUAUAAUAAUAAAUAGGACUGUGAAUUUAAUGCAGUGAAAAACCUUAAAAAUACAAUAAAAUAAAGUUUUAAAGAAUAUGCACUUAAAAUGGUAUUUAAGUUAAUUUUUAUAUUUUGAUAUUACUAAUAUUAUUGAUAUCAAUAUAUCACAAGCCCACACACAAAUAACUAAUCUAAGCUUAUUGCCUUAUUUUGUUGAAUCCUUAUUUUUACCUAAUCUGUAUAUAGCUUGUGUAAAGUAUUAUUUUAUAAAAUACAAAUUUGACGUAAACACAGUCUGUGUAAAAUAAAUUAUGUGUGGUUAAUGAUGUUAAUUGACAAAAUUUGAUUAAAAAUACUGGAAAAUAAACUAAAAAGUCCAAAAAAUGACCUUAAAGAUUAAAAAUAUCAAAAAAUGCAAAAUAAAAAUUUCAUCAAUAAAUGUGUUGUUUGUUUUACAUAAUUCAAAUUAUGUAUAUAGAAAUCAAUGUUUCAUAUUCAGCUAAAAAAAAUGCACUUUCCUAAAAAUUCACUGCCCUAAUAAUAAGUAAUAGAACAUUUACUUUAGUCAAGUUGACCAAAAUAUAUAUUAAUUUGUAUACUUUAUGAGUAGGGCUGGAAGUUAUAGGAGCUAAAAAGGGCAAAAUAUACAUGAAAAAAUGUUAAUAUGCAAAAAAUUAUUUUUAAUUUUAUUAUUCAAUAACAUAUAAUGCCAUUAUUAAUAUGCUAAAAUAAAAUAAAGAUUAAAUGUGAAUCGAACUGUUGUCAUUAAAUUAAUUAUAGACUGAGACGAUAAGAAAUAACAAUAAAUAACUACGUUAAAUAAUAUUGUGUUUAAUAUGUAAUAUUAUUUAAAAUAUAUUUGUUAUGAAAGAAACAAAAAAUCGAUUUUUAGCAAAUAUUAAAAUGCAAAUAUCAAUGAAAUAUGCACUUUUUCUCUAAAAAUAACGAAUAUGCAAUAUAUGCUUUUUAAAUUCUCUUUUUAUUGUUUAAAAAUAAUUUUUAGCUUGGUCUAUUAUAUAUAAACCCAGUGCAUACAGAAAAAUAUGUGACUCCUAUAACUUCCGAACCCUAUUGAUAAGUAUUAUAUUAUGAGUUAUAUACUCAAUAUUUUGAAUACAGUUAGUUAAUGAUUAAUACAUUAGAUGCUUAAACAUAUGAUGAGUAAAAAGAAUGAGAUUAAACAACAAAAGAAUAAAAUUUUAAAUUUUAAACAAAAUAGGCAAUUAACUGAAAAAAAGAACUGAAUAUUGUAAUCUUUCCCUCGUUGUAUUACACUAACGCUUUUUUGUGCAAUAAAAUAAUUUUUUUUUUGUUUCUUUUAAAGAAUUGAAUAAUAUAAGUUUUUUUAGGAUCAAUGCAAAAUAGUUUUGUUUUUUUACCAAUAUUCUAAAAUAAUUAGAAGUACUUCACAGUUUUUCAGCUAUAUAAAAUUGUAAAAUUACAUUCAUCUUUAAUGAUUAAAACAGAUAAUUUUCAAAUAAGUUAAUAUAUUUAAAAAGUUGGACUGUUAAUGGUUGAUUCUGUAUUAGUAUUAAAAAUAUAAAAUAAUUAAUUUGUUAGCGUCCUUACGAGUUAAAAAUUAAGGGAAAGUUUCAAGAAUAUUUUUUCUCAUGCUCUAAUUAUUUAUGACUACCUAAUCUAAUAGGUUUUAUUGCAUAAUAAAUUAUUGUACAUCUAAUAAAAUACAUUUUUUUUUUCUUAAGAAUGAAUAAUGUGAUUUAUGAUCAUUUUUAUUAUAGUGUUUGAAUAUAAAAUAUAUAACUGACCACAAUAAAUUUUGCUAAGGAAUUAUAAAUAAUCAAAAUUAGGUAUCAUUGCAUUUGUGUUUAUUUUAUCUAAACAUUAUUUUAUUUUCAAAAUAAAUUUUAAAAUAUUUCAGUUAAAAAGAACAAAAUCUGAACAUCGCAAAUCAGCUUCAGCGCCUGAAAAAUCACAAAUGAAGACUGAAAAGGAUAAUAACAAACGGCAUACUUGGAGAUUACCAAAAAUUGUUCAAUCAUCUCCUGUUUUGGGAAAGUAUGUUCGUAGUGCAGAAUUUUCAAGAAUACCAGUUUUGCCAACAAUAACAAGUGCAUGCUCUGAGAAGAAUGCAAAAUCAACUACAGCUAGACAACUUUGCCAUAUUAUGAAUGACCCUAGACAUACUGGUAGUACUUCAAGCAUUGACAGGUUAGUUAUUAUAUGUUACAAAUUUAAAACAUAAUAUUAAGUUUUAGAAUUUUAUGAUUUUUUUAGGGAAUAUUAUUAUUUAAAAAUACUGGUAUAAUUAUUCAAUUAAAAUUUAGUACCUAUAAAAGUCAUUAUAAUUAUUAAUUUUUUAAAUUUAAUUUGUUGAGCUUUUCAUAGACAUAUUUUAUACAAUUAAUUAAUUAUUAUUCAAGUAUGAUUCAAUUACCCGAAUAUUUAUUGUAGUUCAAAUAUAAAUCAUCUUAAAAUUAUUUGUUUGGCAAUGUGACUUCAUUACAUUUAUUAUUAACAUAUGUUCUUUGUGUGCUGGUUAAAAACGCGUAACAGAUACAAUUAUAAUGUAAUAUUAUAAUUUAUUUUGUAGAUGUUUAUUAAUAACUUAUAGUUUUCAAAUCUAUUUAAGUUCUUAAAAUUUUGAGACUAAUGAAGUAUAUAAUUUAUCCUAUAAUGUCAUGUAUUGUAAUUAUAUUAUCAUUUUGUGAAAUUGUAAUCAAAAUUAAUUGGACUCCUUUACCAUGGAUAAAUAUUUCUUUAUAAAUAAGUGAGGAAAUUGGUAAAAUAAAUAUAGACUUAAAUUUGAUUCUUAGUUUAACUGUUAUAUUUUUGAACAAUUUCCGUUUAAUCAAUUAGUUUUGUGAUAAAACUGAUAUCUUAAAAUUAUCUUUUUUUAAAAGUAUAUAUAUAAGUUUAACUGGUAUUACUACUUAAUUAUGAAUAGAUAUAAUUUAUUCUAAUCAUCUUAUUAAACAAUUUUUUUAUUUUUUUAAUAAUUAAUUUCAGUAUUUCAGAAUCUGGUACAGAUAUUGAAGUAUCCAGUACAGAUUGGUCUAGACGUCCUAGCAGUUCAUCAUUGGUGUUAUCUCACAACAUUCAUAUCAAUGUCUCUAGACAAGCAUCACCGACUGAACAAAUGACCGCCAUGUCUCUAUCCAAUAACACUGAUUUGGGAGCUAUACAUAGGAUACUAAAUAGAACAGAUAUGCCCCCCAUUCAACUUGAUGGUGAUGAAGGUGGCGAAGAACCAAUGGAAUCAGAAAGUAAUAGAGCUGAAAAAAAAGCUCCAAAUAUUGUAACUGAGGAUCUUAAUCAAACUCCUGCUGAUCAAGUUGUAGAGAAAAAGAAAAAACGUUGUGCCCAAUGCAAUAAAAAACUAACUAUUAGUGCUCAGUAUACAUGUCGAUGUGGACUCACAUUUUGUCCAGAACAUAGGUGAGUUUAUUACUUAUUACUUUUAUAAAUCACACAUUUUAUAUUUGAUAUAAUAAGGAUCCACUUUUAAUGUUAAUGGAGAAAUUAUGUAAUACACAUACAUUUUAUGCAUUAAGUAUUAGAUUCAGCUAAAAACUGUUUUUUUUUUAAUAGUUUAAAAAAAUUAAUUUAUACACAAUAUAGCUAAUAACAGUAUGUAUUGGUUCAUCUUCAUAUCAAUGAUUGAUUUUAAUCAUUUAGAUUUUAUAAAAUCGAAAACAAAUUAUUGCCACUAGUGCAAAAAAUUCAUCUAUGGUUUGACUAUGCGUUUACUAUUUUUUAGAUUCUGGGCGGAGCGAGGAAUGUACUGGUUUUAUAAUGAUGCUUAUUUAUUAAUUUUUUUUUUUAUGUGAACACUUUCUACCAGAAAGUUUACUCUGAUUAUCAAGUAUUGCACCUCUUCUGGAAGGAAAUGUUCUCUGGGUGGUACUUUAGAAAGGUAUUUUUUGAAAUUCUAAUUAAUAUUUGAAUGAGGAAAACCUGUUUCUUUAGGUUAAAAAGAUUGAUGAAAGAUUAAAAUUAAGGUUGUCAUUAGCAACUGUUUUUAUUUAUUUUUUGUUAUUAAGUUUUUAUUAUUUUAAUCUUUACCCACGUGCAAAGUAUGUCCGUCCUUGUUUAACAUUAAAAUUAUUUAUUUAUAUAAAUCAACGUUAUUAUGUGAAAAACAAAUCAUGAUUUUUAUGAAGUAUAACUUAUUAUUAACUAUGUUACUUUUUAUUCUAAGUAAAAUGGUUUAUUGAGUUGAGUUGAUAUAAUUUCUAAGGAUAUUAUAUCUUUAAUACUUUUGUAACAAAUUACAAUAUAAUAUGAUAAUAGAAUAUUUGAUGUUUUUUGUUUUAGGUAUUCAGAAUCGCACAAUUGCUCCUAUGAUUAUCAAAAAAAUGGUCGCGAUUCUAUUGAAAAGAACAACCCAUUAGUUGUAAGACCAAAGUUACCAAAAAUUUAAUAAGUUGGUCAGGAUACAUAUACCUUAUUUGUAGAUGUAAACUAAUAUAGGUACACUGACUCACAAUGAUUGUUUGCAUAUUAUUAUAUUAUAUAUAAUUAUUAUAAUGCCUUGUUGACCCUUUUCCCUUAACUUUGCAAUACUUGUUAAGUAAUUUGGCUGUAAUAAUUCACUCAAACACUAUUAUAGAAAUGGUUCUUAAGAGCUUUUUAAGUGUUCUAACACCAACUUACUAAUAUAGUUGUGUAAUUUUGACUAUCUUCCAUUUUAAGCAAUUUAAUUAAACAUAUAAGAUACUAUUUAUAGUAAUAAUAAUAUUAUAAUACAAUACAAUUAUAGCAUUUUUGGUUGUUAGAAUAAAAAUACGGGUAAAAUAAAUUUAUUUAAAAGUAUGUAUUUUUUUUCCUAAAUGUCUUUAUUUUGUAAAAUUAUCCUGCCUAUAUUUAUGUUUGUUAAAAAACUUAAUGGCUCUUAAAAUACCAUUAACCUAAUAUGACAAUAAGAUAUAAUUGGUGUGUUAAAAUUAAAUAAUAUUAGAGUUAAAAUUGAAAAUGUUUAAGUUAUUUGUGUUUAUAAAAAUAAAAUAUUAAACAGGUUGCAGAACUUUAAUUAGAAAUAAAUUUAUAAUGUAAAAAAACAAAUUUGCUGAUACAUUUAUUAAAAAAAAAUCCUUUUUUCUAUAGUCUACAAACAUGAACCUAUAUAAUUUUUUAAUAAUUGGCAAAGAAAAGUUACUGUACUAUAAUAGUGAUGCAUAUUGUAGUUGAGAAAGAUUAAAUGCAAUCUUAAUCAUCAUCACAAUUUUUUUGUAUAAUUUAGAAAGUGUUCACAUAAACAAAAUAAACAUUAUUGUAAAACCAAUACAUUUCUUGCUCCACUUAGAAUCUAAAAUUAAAGAUUUUGAUUUCAUGAGAAUAAUAUUUAAUGAUAGUUUAUUUCAUCAAAUGUGACUUAUUUUUUGUUUUUGCUAAACUUAUUGUUCUAAAUUGGUCAAUUUUAUUUUUAAAUUGUUUAAAAAUUUU